AUGAGUGUAAAAGGGAUAUCUAUGACCUCAUUGGUCAAGGAAUUGGAAAUCGCUACAGGAAAUGAUUUCCAAAAUGUUUUAAAAGCACUUUCGUCUUCGACUUACGUUGAUGAAAAACUAUUGAAAACUGACUUAGGAUUAUUGAAUGCCAAAAUCUUAAAAUUACUACGUUCUAACAAAGAAUAUGAGGUUUGGAAGGGCUGUCAUGCCGCUUCUAUGAUAUGUUCUUUUAACGCACUAUUCUUAUUGUCCUACGGUGGUCAAUCAUUAAAUGCAGUUUAUGCUAAACUGGAACAUAUGUUAAAUUAUUACUCAAGUACAACAAACACUUCGCAAGGGAGAACCCUAUUAAAGACUCUAGUUACCACUACUAAGAUUUUGAUGGACUUAAUGAGAAACAAACCAACUCUUUCGAGAGAAUGCUUGGUUCCAAAAUUGAAAGCAAUUAUUCCAACACUCAUCCAGUUAAGUCGUUACGAUCCCGAAUUAUGUCUGCCAAUCCUUAGAGAUCUGUUAUUUAAACAUAGUACUACGUUCAAACCAUAUGUGAACAAGUUCCGUGCAUCUUUGACAGAACAAAUCGCUACUGGUUACCAUCAUUUCCCUAAGGAGGUUCAACAAUUGUUGUGUAGUAACUACGCUUAUCUACAUUUGAUUAAAUUACAAGCACAAAAUGUUCAAGAUGAAACAGAAGCGCAUCACAGAGCUUACCAUGAUGAAGCAUGGAGAGCAGGAAUUUUCUCCAUUUUAGUCCAGUUUAAACCAAUUAUUAAACUUUGUAGCAAUAUUUUAGAUUUUGAUCAAGAUAAAGAAUUAUCUAAACUAUUUGAAUUGUUACCAUCGGAUCAAUAUAAGGAUUACAAGAUUGAAGAAUUUUUGCCACCAUUGAAACUUGAUUUGAAUGCACCUUUUACUUUAUGGGAAUUGCCUAGACGUAUCAACUUAUUAGUCGAUUUGCUGACCUCUUUUGUGACUCAACCGACUCCAUUCCCAAUUAGAGUUCCAAUUGGUACAAUUAAUUUCAUUUGUGAAACUUUAGUCAGUGUUUCUACCAAGUACUUACCAGUGAAGCGUGAAUUACGUCGUGAUCAGGACUUAAAUGCCAUUAUCGCUGACAUUCUUCCUGAAAUCCAAUUCGCUGGUAUUACGUUAUGGAGAGAUAUGCUCAAAUCUUACGGAAAAUGUUUCUUACCAAUGUCUGACAGAAUUCUUGGAAGUCUUGAAGUCUUUAUCCCAUUCAAACCAAAGUCUAAUGUGGUUGACUUGGAGACUUGCAAACUUUUAGAAGAAAAACUUUUGAAUGUGUUCGAGGUGGCUAAUUUGGUUUUAUCUAACGUUGGCCAUAGAUUGAAUGAAGUCGAUUCCAUUCUAAAAUUAGUAGAAAUAGGACUGUAUUUAACUGAGGACACUUCAUUGAUUGAAAGUAUAUUCGAUAAUAAACCAUUAGAUAAAAAAGAAGCCAUAAUUUCUCAAAAUAAGAAUAAAACCAAACAUAAGAAGGAUAAUAAAGCUGGUGCAAUUACUGAUCUAUACACUAAUUAUGACCAAUUCCUAACUAAAACUUCUCUUCGUAAAUUUGAUGAAAUUAACAAUUUCUUAAGCUUUAUCAUUAGUAACUGGAGACUUGGUACUAGUCAACAAAUUCAAACCAUAAAAUAUUCAGUCUCUAGAAGUUUGCAAAUCAAGGAACAAAUGGGUUCUAUUCCGCCCAGUUUUGUUAAAUUAUUGAGAUUAUUGGUCCUAAAUCCUGGUAAUGAGAGAUUAUCUAUCUUACCAAUCGCCAUUUCCCUAUUAAAGGCAUCUAACGAUGUGGCUUUCGAUUUAUUGUGCCAUCCAAGAUUACCAAUGGGUAUUGUUCACAAUGCUAAAAAAUUAGCUGAUGUAGAAGAGGAUGAUGAAAAGGUCAUUGAAGAAGGGACUUACCAUGGCGUUGAGGACGAUGGUGCUGAAAAAGCUCAUUCAUCGUAUAAUUUCAACAUUCCUGAGAUUGGCGACGAUGAAGAAACUGUUCCAAUUCCAAAUCUUGAAAAUCCUUCCAUUCCUGUUACAAAUGUUGAAAAUGAGACAAAGGUUUUUAAGAAAAGAUCUGCUGAAGAAGUCGAACAACUUGAGACAGAAUUAUCUGUUAAACGUACUAAAGUGAGUGAACAGUCCAAGACUAAAGAAGAGAUUAUCGAAGAACAAAUUAUUGCAGACAAUGAAAUCGAGAAAGAAUUACAACCAGCUGUUGAAAGAGUUCACGAAGAAGCUGCCAAAGAUGAAAUAGUUGAGAAAAACGAACAAGAAGAUGAAGAUGAAGAAGAUGAAGAAUUCGAAAUUCCUGAAAUUCAUUUAAGUGAAUACGAAGAUGACGAGGAUGCAGAAAGUGAUAACUAA